UGCAAUUUGAUGUGGCAAAGUUUUCAGAUAAAUUUUAAUUAUGUCGUGGAUAACAAAAGCAGAAAACUUGUUAAAUAAAAUAGAUCAGAGUGCGGCAAUAGUACUCCAAUCGAAAGAGGAAGUAAAUGUCCCAGUUGCACCUCCUAUAGUUGUGCCAGCUCCAAUACCAAAGACUCCAUCAGCCAAAAAUGUUAUGAUACUUUCUCGAUCGACUCCGAAAAAAGCUGCGAAAUCAUCAGAUGUAGAUGAAAAAUGGGAAACAAUGUCAGAAACUAAUGAAUCCAGAAAGAGUUCCAUCAGUUCCAAGCAUGACACUGUUAUUGAUCAGAAAUCAUUACAAAUGAAAGAAUCUUCCUCGAAUGUUUCCUUAAAUAGCUUCAGUGUUGAGAAAGAACUAACAGCAAACAAAAUUCUUGUAGCUGAAUUGAGAUCUGAAAACAACGAAUUGAAAGGUGAACUUGAAGCUUUGAUGGAACAAAUCAAGGUAAAUGGAAACUCACAGAAAAUUCAGGAGCUGGAAGAUCUCUGUGCAAGUCUUGUAGAAGAAAAAAAGGAAUUGACAAAUAUAUCCCAAUCAUUAGAAAAUUCCAGUAGCAAAUACGUGAAAACGAUUUCUGAGCUUGAAACUGCAGUAAUGAAAUUACAACAAAACGAAAACGAUUUAAAGCAUAAACUUGAUUACGCAAAGAAUGAAACGAGAGACAUCACAAACGAAUUACAACAAUAUCGUCUUCGAGCACAAAACCAACUUCAACUUAAAGAAAAAAUGAUUGAACAGUUAAAAUUUUCGGGUGAUGAAAAAGUUGUGAAUGGAAAUGAAACUGGUGAAUUGACUCUUCAAGUACAACUAGAAGAAUUGAAAUCUGAACGAGAUCAUCUUCAAUCUGAAGUGGAAUUAUUGACAAAAAGAUUUGAUGAAUCACGGAAUUUCAUUGAGAAAAUGGAGCAUAAGCAUCGAAUGAUGCAAGCAGACGCUGAGGAUAAACUUUCUACUUUGGAAAAUUCCAUAUCUCAACUAAACUUGAAAUGUUCACAUUACGAAGAAGAAAUUCAAUUUCAAAAGCAAGAAAUCGCUCGAGUGAGAGAAGAAAUGUUGAAUCAGAAAACUGUGAUGACUACGAAGCUUCAUGAUAAAGAAAAUGAAUUGAGACGAAUGAAAAAUUCAGUUCGAGAAUCACAAGUUCAAAUAGAAAUUGAAAAUCGAAUGCAAUCUUUGACCCAAUCACUUCUCUCAAAGCAAAAUAAUUUAGAGAACGUCACAGCUGAAAGAAAUGGAUUAAAACUUCAAUUUGAAAAAUUAUCACAUCAGCAUGAAGCAUUACUUUUGCAAAUGCGUCAAGAACGUCCACAAAUUAUUCAUAUAAAUGAAACGGAUGAUGCAAAAUCUCAAGUUCCUAACUUCAUGAUGGUAAAUCCAUUCGACUCGAGAAUGUCUCGAAGAGUCAAACGAGCUUAUUCAAAUCUAGAUCAGCUAGGAGUUCGGCUAGGAGUAUUUUUAAGACGUUAUCCGCUUGCAAGAAUUUCGUCCAUUUUCUACGUGGCUUUGCUACAUAUAUUCGUUGUUUUUGUUUUACUAUCAUCGACACCUUCUCAAUAAAUGUAAACGUCAUAAAGCCAUUGUAGAUUUCUUCAGAAACGUUUUUAUUUAAACAUAAAAUUUUAUUCAUUUUAAAAAUAUAUUCAAAAAUUAAACGAAAGCUAGUGAAUAAAUUGUUUCAUCGCUAAGUCAACUUGAAGUUGAAUUAAUGAAAUAUUCUCGUCAAAUAUUUCUUUUGAUAAUAGAAUGCGCUUCUGUUCUAGAAGAGAGUUUUCUUUCAUGUACUGUUCCACUAAUCUUCCAUAUUCGGGAUCAUCAACAUUGACAGAAGUCACGACUUCAUUUUGAGGUUCCUCUGAAUUUAUGAGACGUUUUAAACGAACACAUUCAGCACGUUCAACACUUAUUCGUGCUUGCAGUUGUUGUUUCCAAUUCAUUAGUUCUUGAUUCUCGAGUUGAAGUCGAAUGAGAUUCAAAUAUUCAGGAUGAUCUUUGUGAAGCGUCAUGAA